AUGAGGGAAAUUGUGCAUUUGCAGGCCGGCCAGUGCGGCAACCAAAUCGGCGCCAAGGUGGAAGGAGAAUCGAAAAAUAAUUAAUUAAGAGUUAAUUGAUAUUAAUAAUUAAUUAAUAUUAAUAAUUAAUAUUAAUAUUUAAUUAAUACUAAUAAAUAAGUCAUAUUGAUAAUUAAUAUUGAUAGUUAAUUAAUAUUAAUAAAUAAGUCAUAUUGAUAAAUAAGUCCUAUUGAUAAUUAAUUAAUAAUAAUGGUUAAUUAAUAUUAAUUAAAAAGUCAUAUUAAUAAGUCAUAUUGAUAAUUAAUUAAUAUUAAUAGUUAAUUCAUAUUAAUAAAUAAGUCAUAUUAAUAAAUAAGUCAUAUUGAUAAUUAAUUAAUAUUAAUAGUUAAUUCAUAUUAAUAAAUAAGUCAUAUUAAUAAAUUAGUCAUAUUGAUAAUUAAUUAAUAUUAAUAGUUAAUUCAUAUUAAUAAAUAAGUCAUAUUAAUAAAUAAGUCAUAUUGAUAAUUAAUUAAUAUUAAUAGUUAAUUCAUAUUAAUAAAUGUCAUAUUAAUAAAUGUCAUAUUGAUAAUCAAUAUUAAUAAUUAAUAUUAAUAAAUAAGUCAUAUUGAUAAUUAAUUGAUAUUAAUAGUUUAUUAAUAUUAAUAGAUAAGUCAUAUUAAUAAAUAAGUCAUAUUGAUAAUUAAUUCAUAUUAAUAGUUAAUUAAUAUUAAUAAAUAAGUCAUAUUGAUAAAUAAGUCAUAUUGAUAAUUAAUUCAUAUUAAUAGUUAAUUAAUAUUAAUAAAUAAGUCAUAUUGAUAAAUAAGUCCUAUUGAUAAUUAAUUAAUAUUAAUAGUUAAUUAAUAAUAAAUAAGUCAUAUUAAUAAGUCAUAUGGAUAAUUAAUUAAUAUUAAUAAAUAAUUAAUAUUAAUAUUAAUAAAUAAUUAAUACCAUAAUUAAUCAUCAAUACAAUUAAUAUAAUAACGAGGGGGAAUUGUGGGGUGGGGGAGGAAGGAAUUUAAUAAUCGUUAUGGAUUACGAUUAUUAUUCCACCAAGGGAUAGGAUUAUGAGGAGGGGAUUUAAGAGUUAAUUAAUUCAUAAUGAUGAUCCAUUAAUGCGAUAAUAAUUAAUGGUGGAAAGGAAUUAAAAAUCGGCGCCAAGGUGGAAGGAGAAUCGAAAGUUAAUUAAUUAAUAAUUAAUUAAUAUUAAUAAAUAAGUCAUAUUAAUAAAUAAGUGAUAUUAAUAAAUAAGUCAUAUUAAUAAAUAACUAAUCAUUAAUACAAUUAAUAUAAUAACGAGGGGGAAUUGAGGGGUGGGGGAGGAAGGAAUUUAAUAAUCAUUAUUGAUUACGAUUAUCCCACCAAGGAAUAGGAGGAGAUUUAAUAAUUAAUUAAUAAUGACCCAUUAAUGCGAUAAUAAUUAAUGGGGGAAAGGAAUUAAAAAUCGGCGCCAAGGUGGAAGGAGAAUCGAAAAAUAAUUAAUACAACAAUUAAUAUUAAUAACUAAUUAAUAUUAAUAACUAAUUAAUAUUAAUAAAUAAGUCAUAUUAAUGAAUAAGUCAUCAUUAAUACAAUUAAUAUAAUAACGAGGGGGAAUUGAGGGGUGGGGGAGGAAGGAAUUUAAUAAUCAUUAUUAAUUGUGAUUAUUCCACCAAGGAAUAGGAGGAGAUUUUAAGAAUUAAUUAAUUAAUAAUGAUCCGUUAAUGCGAUAAUAAUUAAUGGGGGAAAGGAAUUAAAAAUCUGCGCCAAGGUGGAAGGAGAAUUGAAAAAUAAUUAAUUAAUACAACAAUUAAUCGCUGAUACAAUUAAUAUAAUAUAAUAACGAGGGGGAAUUGAGGGGUGGGGGAGGAAGGAAUUAAAUAAUCAUUAUUAAUUAUGAUUAUUCCACCAAGGAACAGGAGGAGAUUUAAGAAUUAAUUAAUUAAUAAUGAUCCAUUAAUGUAAUAAUAAUUAAUAACAAUAAGGGGGGAGGGGAUUAAAAAUCGGGGCCAAGGUUCAACAAUCAUAAUUAAUGAGGAUUAUUAGGAGAUUUAAGAAUUAAUUAAUAAUGAUCCAUUAAUAUAAUAAUAAUUAAUAACAAGGGGGGAAGGGAUUAAAAAUCGGCGCCAAGGUUGAACAAUCAUAAUUAAUAAGGAUUAUUAGGAGGAGAUCUAAGAAUGAAUAAUAUAAUAAUAAUUAAUAAGGGGGAAAGGAAUUAAAAAUCGGCGACAAGGUUGAAUAAUAAUAAUUAUUAGGAUUAAUAAUAGAAAUGAGGGGGGGGAGGAAUUAAUUGAAUGUUAAUAAGAAAUAAAUAAUGAUUAUGCUAAUUAAUAAUUGUUAUUAAUGAUAGCCAUGAAGAAUGUUGAUAUAAUAAUUAAGUCAUAAUUAAUAGUGACAAUAAUGCUGGUAUAAUAAUUAUUUAAUAAUAAUAAUAAGGGAAAAUAUAGGACAACCAUAUUGGUGCCAAGGUUUCACAAGAAUAAUCAUUAUUAUGAUUAAAAUCAAUAUAAUAAUUAAUGAAUAAUAACAAUAUUGCAUAUAUAAUAAUUUAAUCAUGUUUGUAGACUUUAGUAAGAAUGUGUAUAUCAUAAUUUAGGAAGAAUUAAUAAUAACAACAAUAAUUGGGGAAACUGAGGGACAAAAGCGCCGCUCAUCCGCUUUUUAAUUUUAAUCUUAAUUUUGAUUUUUUAAAUUUAAUUAAAUGAAAUUAAGUUAAUUUUUUUAAUGAAAUGAACUCCAUGUUUUUAAAUUAAGUUAGAUUAUUUUUUUAAUUUUUUAAUUAAAUUUUUUAACUAAAUUAAAAAAUUAAAUUUAAUUAAUUUAAUUUUUUAAUUAAAUUAUUAUUUUUAAAUUAAAUUAAAUUAUUUUUUUAAAUAAAUUUUUUAAUUAAAUUUAAUUAUUAUUUUUCAAUUAAAUCAUUUUUUUUAAUUAAAUCAUUUUUUUAAAUUAAAUUUUUUUAAGUACAUUAAGUUAAUCUUUUAAAUCCAUUUUUAAAAUUAAAUUAUUUUUUUAAAUUAAAUUAUCUAUUUUUUAAAUGAAAUUAUUUUUAUUAAAUUAUGUUUUUAAAUUACUAUUUUUUAAUUAAGCUAUGUUUUUAAAUUAGAUUAUUACUUUUUAAUGAAAUUAUUUUUUAAGAAUUGAACUACUUCCUUCCAAUUAAAUGAAAUGGUUUUUUUAAUUCAAUGGUUUUUUUAAUUAAAUGGUUUUUUUAAAUUAAAUCCCCCCCACCCCGAUUAAUUAAUUAAAUUAAUUUUUUAAAUAUCCGAUUAAAAUAAAUUAAUUUCUUCCCCAUUCCCCCCAGUUCUGGGAGGUGAUCUCGGACGAGCACGGGAUCGACCCGACCGGCACCUACCACGGAGACAGCGACCUCCAGCUAGAGAGGAUCAACGUCUACUACAACGAAGCCACCGGUGGGCGGCCUGGAAUAAACGCCGAAUAUUUCAAUAUAUAUAUAUAUAUAUAUGGGGGGGUAUAUAUCCAUCUAUAUAUAUCCAUUUAUAUAUAUCCAUAUAUAUAUAUAUAUAUAUAUAUAUAUAUAUAUAUAUAUAUCCAUAUAUAUAUAUAUCCAUAUAUAUAUAUAUCUAUAUAUCUAUAUAUAUCCAUAUAUAUCCAUAUAUAGCUAUAUAUAUCUAUAUAUAUCCAUAUAUAGCUAUAUAUAUCUAUAUAUAUCCAUAUAUAUCUAUAUAUCUAUAUAUCUAUAUAUAUCUAUAUAUCUAUAUAUAUAUAUAUAUAUAGAUGGAUAUAUAUGGAUAGAUAUAUAUCCAUACAUAUAUAUCCAUAUAUACAUCCAUCUAUAUAUAUCUAUAUAUAUAUCUAUAUAUCUAUAUAUAUAUAUAUAUAUGGAUAUAUAUAUAUCCAUACAUAUAUCCAUACAUAUAUAUAUAUGCACAUAUAUCUAUAUAUAUCCAUAUAUAUAUGUAUAUAUGUAUAUCCAUAUAUCUAUCUAUCUAUAUAUAGAUAGAAAUAUAGAGAUAUAUAUCCAUAUAUAUAUAUCCGUAUGUAUGUAUAUAUGUGUGUGUGUGUGUGUGUAUAUAUAUAUAUAUAUAUAUAUCUCCAUAUAUAUAUAUAUAUAUAGAUAGAUAGAUAGAUAUAUAAUUGGAUAUUAUAUGGGGAUAUAUAUGGAUAUAUAUAUAUCCAUACAUAUAUCCAUACAUAUAUAUAUAUUCACAUAUAUCUAUAUCUAUAUAUAUCCAUAUAUAUAUAUGUAUAUCCAUAUAUAUAUAUCUAUCUAUAUAUAGAUAUAUAUAUAUAGAUAUAUAUCCAUAUAUAUAAUCCGUAUGUAUGUAUAUAUGUGUGUGUGUGUGUGUGUGUGUGUGUGUAUAUAUAUAUAUAUAUAUAUAUGGAGAUAUAUAUAGAUAGAUAGAUAGAUAGAUAGAUAUCUAAAUGGAUAAUAUAUGGGGAUAUAUAUGGAUAUAUAUAUAUGUGGGUAUAUAUAUAUAUAUAUAUAUAUAUAUAUAUAUAUACAUAUAUGGAUGUAUGUAUGUGUGUAUAUAUAUAUAUAUAUAUAUAUGUAUAUAUAUAUGGAUAUGAGAUAUAUAUAUAUAUAUAUAUAUAUAUAUAUAUAUAUAAAUAUAUAUAUAUCGAAAUGGAUAAUAUAUAGGGAUCUCCAUAUAUAUCUAUAUCUCCAUCCAUAUAUAUCUCUCCAUAUAUGGAUAUAUAUAUUGAUAUAUUGAUAUAUAUGGAGAUAUGGAUCUAUCUAUAUAUCCCUCCAUAUAUAUAUAUAUAUAUAUAUAUAUAUAUAUAUAUAUAUAUAUAUAUCUAUAUCCAUAGAUAGAUAGAUACACACACAGACGCACACACACAAAUACACACACACACACACAUAUAUACAUAUCUAUAUCUAUAUCUAUAUAUCUAUAUAUAUAUGUGUGUGUGUGUGUGUGUGUGUGUGUACUGUAUAUGUGUGUGUGUGUGUGUCUGCGUGUAUGUACUGUAUAUAUAUGUUUGUGUGUAUGUAUGUGUGUGUGUGUACUGUAUAUAUACUAUGUGUGUAUAUAUACACACACACACAUAGUACAUGCACACAUACAUAUAUUCACAUAUAU